GAUGACGUUGGAAUAUUGGAUGCAUGCAAUCCUGCUGUAUCUUUACCCGAAUGGCCGACGGCGCUUGAACCCCUUUCCCCGCACAGCUUGCGGAUGUUAAGUUUCCGGCUCUGCGUCCGCACCUCUGCUCCCUGCGACACCAUCGCUGCAUUGGAACGCUCAACCUCAUAUCAUGACUCCCCCCUUCCGUGCCGAACACAUCGGCUCUCUCAUCCGACCCGACGAGCUGCUGGCUGCCCGCAGUGCCGCUGGCCUGGGGAACAGCUACACCAAGACCACUGUUCCUGAAGGUCUGGAGCGUCUGACCCAGCAGGCGAUCGCGAAACUGGUUCAACAGGAACUGGCUCAUAAUGUACGCCCCAUCACGACGGGCGAGUACGAGCGACCCAUCUUCUAUGCCGGGUUCUUCGAGCGCCUCGAAGGGAUGCAAAUGACACAGGUCCCCAUCCCCGAAGGCUAUCGUAACGGGCUUCCGACCCUCCGAGCGCUCGAGAAGCUGGGAAUCAAAACGCGAGACUGCUCAGUAGCGGUGGGCAAGAUUCAGCACGUCCACAGCCCCUACCUCGCGGACUGGGAGUACCUGCGUAGCCUCGUCCCCCGCGAACAGUGGCACGAAUGCAAACUGAGCAUGCCCCCCAUCACCUGGCAGCACCAGCACCUGCAAGCGGGCACCGCGUUCACGGCCUCUAGCCCGUACUCCACGGACAAGGAGUACUUCGUGGACCUGGCGACCGCGUUUGCGAAGGAGUUCCGGACGUUGUAUGAUGCCGGGCUGCGCUCCAUCCAGAUCGAUGAUCCCGCGAUGACCUUCUUCGUGACGGACGAGAUGCGGUCCGGCUGCCUGGCAGACGGCAUCGACCCGGACGAGCUGCUGGACCUGUACAUCUGGGCCCACAAUCAAACCUUGAAAGACCGUCCGACGGACCUGCACGUCGGUGUGCAUCUCUGUCGGGGCAAUAUGCCCGGGUCCACGCACAUUCUCAGCGGAUCGUACGAGCGGAUUGCGCGGCGCAUGUUCACGGGGCUGGAAUAUGACACGUUCUACCUGGAGUAUGACACGGAGCGCGCGGGCGAUUUCCAGCCGCUGCGACAUUUGCCGGUCGGCAAGAACGUGGUGCUGGGCGUGGUGUCGACGAAGACGGCGGAGCUGGAGACGCUGGAUGAGCUGGAGGCCCGGGUGUAUGAGGCAGCCGAUGCGAUCGCGCAGGGCCAGGGACGCAGUCGGCAGCAGGUUCUGGACACGACGCUGGGGGUCAGUCCGCAGUGUGGGUUCGCCAGCGUGGGUCGAGGCCGGGGAAUCGGAAUGACGGAGGAGCGCAUGUGGGAGAAGCUGCAGCUGGUGCAGCGGCUAGCAGACAGGGUGUGGCCGACCAGCAGCAGCUAGAUAUUGUCUUUUUGACCUCGGUUAGUGAUUGCGUGGCAGCAUAAUGAAUGAGCAAUGAAUCCGUCGGACGCCGAUGCAGGCCAGAGAGACAACGGCACACCUGCAUUGUGAUCCACUGCACUAGUUUCAGAGCGUCUCUCUCUUCC